AUGUCAAAUUGCUGUGGUAGCCUAGGAGUAGAUUACGAGGUUGGUUUUAAUCCUUCGGCUCAACCUAGCACUGUAGAUAAUGCUCAGAGUCAUGCGCAAGAUGUUCUUGGGGGUUCUAUAAAGACUCCUCAGGUGGAUGAAAGGAAUGAAAACAAUAAUAGCAGUUCAUUUGGCUAUUCCGUUAAUUUACCCAAGUCUGGAGAUUAUCCUUCCAGUACGGCGAUACCAUCAUCAUCAUUGGAACACCACCAAAAUCUUAAGGAAAUGCAGCGACACGGUCCGCAAACUAGUGGCUCUGUGGACUACUAUCAAGUAGUGGUGCGCCUGAAACCCAAACUAAAACGCGCUCCUGGCGUCUAUCUUGCAUACGAUAUUACGUCACCAGAGACAGCAUCAGGGGGGGAAAAAGUCACUAUGGAAGCUCCAAACUCUUCAACUUUGUCCUUUUCUCCCCUACAAACCACAACGCCUCAGACGGCCCACAUCAUGUGCCACUCUGAUUGCUCUAAUUCUCUGAGGGAUCAGGCGACGGGCGGCUUUAUUCAUACUGCACAAACUGGUGAUGUUCAGGCAACUGGUGAGACACCUUCACGUACAAUUAUAUCCAUUACAGAGCCAAGCAUUGAAGGCGAUGAGUGUGGGCGGUACACUUGUAGGUUCGAGUUCAACGACGUGAUAGGGCCCAAUACUUCAGAUAUGGAUAUGUGCGCCAAAGUGGUACCUCGUAUCCUAGAGCAGCUGAAUGCUGACUACAAUGUUUGUGUGCUGUGCUAUGGGCAGAUAGGUAGCGGUAAGACACACACUGCUAAUGUUCUUUCACAAGCACUGAUCAAAGCUGUGUUUGGCUCAAUUGUUAGUACGGACGUAGUAGAGUUAUCAUUUAUACAAAUAUACGGAAACAAGGGUUACAACUUGCUAGCUAAGUCGUCUGAGGAGGACUUGCUUGGUAUACCACUGCCCAAACCUCGAGGUACCGUUGUAUUUGAGCCAAAAUAUAUAGUAAAGAACGAAUUGGAUGCAGAAAAUAGAAGAAGGGCUGCUCAAAUGUACCGUUACACCAGUACACACGCACUCAACGCACGCAGCUCUCGUUCCCAUACCCUUUUCUCGCUGCAUAUCACAAAGUACAGAGAUGGUGUGCCACUAUCGACAGCUAAAGUAACUUUAGUAGACUUGGCAGGUUCGGAGCGGGUCGAGGAAAUAGGUGCCGCAGGGAAGGGUUUGGAUGAAGCAACCGCCAUGAACAAAUCUCUCUCUAUGCUGCGUUCUUAUAUCGUCCUAGGUGCCAAUGCCAAUGACCCAAAAUCUUACGGUGACUCAUUGCUGAUGACUUACCUUAUGCCGCGCUUGCAAGACUGGCAUGUUUUGCUGAUAGUUACUGCUUCUCUUGGUAAGAAUAAUUUUGAAAUGACGAAAAAAUCUCUAGAGUUCGCGACUGCAAGCAAACGAAGGGUUGUAGAGAAGCGGAAAUGUGGGUUAGAGGAGCGCCUUAGUUUCAGUGGGUUCAAUGAGCAGGCCUUUACUGACUUUAACGAAGUAAUAACCACACUGCACAAUAGGACUUGUGCACUAGAAGAAGAUCUCCGUCUAGAAUGGGGGCGACAUGACCGGCAAGAGAGAUUGUCAUCCCCACAAUUACCAGAACAUAUGGAGCGACGAAUUGAAGUUUCUCAGUCGUUGCUGCGAGAUGAUGAUAAGGAGCUGCGAAUGUUGAACAGGGGCGGUCAGCCCCACCAUACGGAUUGCUGUCGGUCGGAAAUACAAGAGCCCUCCUCGGAGCACAGUGAGGGGCUCCUCAGGGAUAAACAAAGCAAUUCUGCUGUAAUGAAGGGGGUCCUGGACAGACUGAAGGACUUAUUUUUAUGGCUGUUCGCGCACCUCGAUGAGCUGCGCGAGCAGCGCGAUGUGUUAGAAAAGACCAUUGAGGACUUGCGCACUGAGAACUCACGACUCGUUGCUGAGGUUGAAAGGUGCGCGUGCGAGGUCAAUCAACGCAAUGAGCGCGUGGCAAAGCUAGGUAGUAAGCAACAGUCCAUGAUGGAGGAGCGUGAUCUGCUAAGGGAUAAGAUCGAGCAGCUACACCUGGAGUCUUUUUUAGGUUAUGUCGACCGUACAGUGCGGUGCGAAAUGGAGGAUCUGUUCAAAUAUACAACGGAAGCGAGGCGAAUUGACGAUAUCAGCUUCAGCAGAAGCGACCUUAAAGCGGCCGAGAGUGCAAGCACUGCUGACCAGGCAUACCUAAGCAUCCAGAGGGAGUUGGAAGCUUCGGAGAAAAAAUAUGAGAAGCUGAAGGAGGAAUGGGACAUAUGCUUAGCACUGAACAAGUUAAUGUGGAAGAGUUGCACCCCACAACAGAAGAUGUAUAUAUCUUCUGCGAAAACUAUGGACGCUGCACCAUACGCCGACGGCGGUACCCCUUCCAGGUUUUUGUUUGGUGGGGAUGAUAGUUGCCUCAUUGAUGAUAACGUGAGCAGCGGUGAUGUGCACACGGCUCCAGAUUACCAGAGUGGCCUGUCAUUUGGAAUGGAGAGCAUUAAGUUGCGUUGCAUUGUACGGGAUCUAAGAGCGACGCUGGAAGAGACUAUUUACGAGCGCACCAAGGCUUCUGAGGAGUCUCACGCGUUUGCGCUAGAGAAUGAGAGGCUACGACAAAGGCUCCAGGAGGAAGUUGAAAAGAAUAUGUGCUAUGAUAAGGAGAUGCGGCAAAUGAUGCACUCCAUGCGGCUUCUACAACAGCAGGUUGAGAGUUCUAAUGCAUACUUUGCAGGGCAGAAAAAUAAGUACGCUGAUCUGGCAGCUGCCUUGGAUCGCUCUGAUGAGGAGAACAAGCGACUUUCCUUAGAGAACGAAAAACUCAAAGCUGAAGUUCGUCUAUUAAAGAAGCAAAACGAGGCAGCAUAUCGGUGUAGCAACGAGCAUGAAUCAUUCCGCAUGUAUGGCUCUUUAAAUGCAUUGCAAAGACAUUUCGCGGUGCCCCCUAUAAACACCUUGAACAACGGCAAUCACGGUGUUGUGGGGGCUCCCCCGACUGCCGGUCCUUCGGUGGUGGCUCAGGGGGCUUUGCAUGAGGCCUCCACGGGCAGGGCCCCGCGAAAGACCAUCGUGCCCGGACGGCGAUUGUUGGCUCGGUCUAAAAGUGCUUCUCGGAAGCAUCGACUUCCUGUUGAACGUCCGUGUUUUACCCGACUAAAUUCCGAAGGGAAUAACUAUGGAGGGACUUCGUUGCACUGCAAACCGGGCAGUAAGCCGGCCCCAUUGCACCCUUAA